CGCUCUUGCUAUUCUUGUUCAUUGCAGCCAUGUCCGGUCUCCAGUCCGACGCCCACAAACCCGAGGAUACGGCGAUCUACAUCGUUUACACCCACCGUCCUCAAGAGGGUGACGAAAGUCACGAAGCUUUUCACAUCAAAAUCCUGAAAGAAGCCUUUAACGGAGAUGAUUCUGCGAAAGAGAAGAUUUUGUACCAUUACAAGAAGGCAGCGUGCGGGUUUUCUGCCAAGCUGACUCCUGCCCAGGCUGACUCUCUUUCCAAACAUCCUCAUGUUGUUGAAGUUGUCCAAAGCCGAACAGUACAGUUACAUCCGAAUCCAACCCACCAAAUGCUUACAUAGAUGGCACCAGACACCAAAGAUGACAGCAUUAUAAUGUUCAUACCAAUAUAUCUGCUGCUUUGUAUGCACGGACUCCUUUCACUUAGCUGUUGAAGUAUUAUAAACUUGGGAUGAUAUAAUGUCACGGGUGUUUUUUCAUUUUUAUACUACGUAUUGACACAAAUAUAUAGAAUGUGUAUCCAUUUUAUAGACAAUACAUGCUUGUAUGAAAUAAAGAUUGUGACAUUUGGUAGGUUAGCAUAAUGGUCGCAUUUUACAUACACCCGCAUUUCCUGAAUAUGUUUAGCAGUUAAUUGGUAGUUAAACUAAUUACUA